CGUCCCUCUGGUUCUGCCCACUCCGCCUCCGAGUUGUCAGGGCAACCGUAGCGACGCCGGCCCUGGCUGAGAGGCGUUAGGAGCCCGGGGGUUCGCCCGCGGAGGCCGGGGAGCAGCCGACCAUGGAGCCCCAGAAAAUCACGCCACCCUCAAAGCCUCAUCCACCUGUCGUGGGCAAAGUGACUCAUCACAGCAUUGAAUUAUACUGGGAUCUGGAAAAGAAAGCCAAACGCCAAGGACCUCAAGAGCAGUGGUUCAGGUUCUCGAUUGAAGAAGAAGACCCCAAAAUGCACACUUAUGGUAUCAUUUAUACGGGAUACGCAACGAAGCAUGUUGUUGAAGGUCUGGAACCAAGGACGCUGUACAGAUUUCGCCUGAAGGUCACCAGCCCCUCUGGGGAGUGUGAGUACAGUCCACUCGUCUCAGUGUCUACGACCAGAGAGCCCAUAAGUAGUGAACACUUGCAUCAGGCUGUCAGUGUGAAUGAUGAAGAUUUGCUGGUCCGAAUACUUCAAGGAGGCCAUGUUAAGGUUGAUGUUCCCAAUAAGUUUGGCUUUACCGCUCUGAUGGUUGCUGCCCAGAAAGGAUACACCAGGCUUGUGAAAAUCCUAGUUUCUAAUGGCACAGACGUGAAUCUGAAGAAUGGAAGUGGCAAGGACAGUCUAAUGCUGGCGUGCUAUGCGGGACACCUAGAUGUUGUGAAAUAUCUCCGAAGACACGGCGCUUCUUGGCAGGCUAGAGACCUGGGAGGCUGUACAGCUCUGCACUGGGCUGCAGAUGGAGGCCACUGCAGUGUGAUUGAGUGGAUGAUAAAGGAUGGCUGUGAGAUUAGUCAUUACAAAAAAUUUCCAAAGAGCAAACUGACCAUAUCAAGAAUAGAACAUUUCAGUUCUUUGCGUCUUUACCUGGAAACAGGCAAGUGGUCUACUUUUGAUUUCAUGUUAUCAGAAACUGCAAAUUUGAUUUAGCAAAUAGAAGCAGUGUUGUGGGACGUCUAUAAGAUAUUUGAAGAUGGGUAAUUAGAAUUAGGUCAAUUAUGAAAAUUGCUGGUAACUUUGAAAACUUUAUUUCAAGACUUUGAAGAAAUUAGCUAAAAAUUUCAAAGCAUGGAACUAAAGAAUGAUGGACAAAGUUCUGUACUAUCUGUGACUGCCAGAUGGUGUGUAGAGUGCUGAGAAAUUAAGUUGAUGACCUGGAAAAUCAACUCAAAUUGAGAAAAGUCAUGUCUCCUGGAAGAUGUCAGUAGAUUUCUUCUAGUUUGUUUCUGAAGGGUAAUUGAGGGAAAGUGAGACUGCAGUUACGGGAUCUAUCUGGUUCCUGCUGCUGCUUUUGGAGAAUUAAGAAAAGUGCCCCCUUAUAGGAAAAAUCUCAGUCAUUAAAAAUUUAUUACAUUUCUUAUUUUCCUUAUGUUUUAGAGACAGGCACAGAGGCAGAAGGCUGAGUCUAUGGGCUUCCAUAGUAGAGCUGGGCCCACGUGCCAUCUUUGUAGUGACAGCCACACACUCCUUGAUUGGUUUAUGAUGAAUUCUGGGCAGGUUUUGCACCUAGUGAAAGUCUGUGGUUGAAAAAGAAGGUUGUAUUUUGCUGAAAGAAGUCAAGCAUCCGGGCCGGGC